AUGGCGAUGAGCGCGGUGCUGAUGUCCGUCCGCUGCACGUCAAUCGAGGAGCGCAGUGUGAACGAGUGCCUGCAGCCAGUGCUCGACUAUGCCGCCAAAUUGGAAUCAGACACGACCACCUUGCAGUUCCCACUACAAGGAGGCGAUGUGUUCAAAAAACUUUGCUCAAUUUUCAUGAACUUUAAGAAGUGUGUGGCUCCAAUCAGUUGCGACUCGUUGUCGGUGGAUGCCAUCGAAGCCAGUUACGGCUACAUGUGCGGCUCCGGACAGCCGCUCUUCGAGCGGUAUGCUGGCUGCUUUGCCAAGGUCGAGCUCGAGGAAUCAUAUAUCAGCUGCAAGACGGCGGCGACUCAGGCGAUCGCUGAAGCACAGGAAACCAAGUCGACCUCAACCGAAGCGUAUCUGGCGGAGAUGUGUCGUGCAAUGGACGGCUACCUACGCUGUUCACAUCCAGUGAUCCUCGAGAAAUGCGGAGCUGAAGCAUGGAAACUAGUAUCAACGGUUGGUUCACAUAAAUUAUUCGCACCGGUCUCUAAAUAUUAA